CACUUGAAGGAAAGUACCAAGAGGAAGCUCCCGGACACAGAGCCAGCACUGACAACUCACAUUGGGACAAUUUCCAGAGGAAACUCUCCCGGACUAGGAGCCCAGCUACCCGGUAUCUCUUGGCAAGCAUUAUAGCAGGCAUCGCAUUGUGCAUGUAACAUGAGGAAUCUAACUUCCCUGCUCUUAUUGUUGACAGCUCUCCUCUGGGUGAACUGCUGCAAAGCAGCAGAUUCAGAGGAACGAUUAAUGAAUAAUCUUCUAAGAAAAGACAAAUACAAUAAGCUCAUUCGUCCAGCAUAUUACAACUCUCAGCUGGUCUCUAUUCAGCUCCAGUUGUCUCUGGCUCAGCUCAUCAGUGUGAAUGAACGGGAACAGAUUAUGACAACAAAUGUGUGGCUUAAUCAGGAGUGGGUGGACUAUCGUCUGACAUGGAAUCCAGAUGAUUAUGAUGGUAUAAAGAAACUUAGAAUCCCAUCUCAACAGAUCUGGCUACCAGACAUUGUCCUUUACAAUAAUGCUGAUGGCACGUAUGAAGUAUCCUUGUUUACCAACGCAGUUGUUCAAAAUAAUGGUAGCGUGGCUUGGCUACCUCCAGCCAUUUACAAAAGCGCGUGCAAAAUAGAAGUAAAACACUUUCCUUUUGACCAACAAAACUGCACUCUGAAGUUCCGCUCAUGGACUUACGAUUACACAGAAAUAGACCUUGUGCUGAACACAGGCUGGGCCACUAUGGAUGAUUUCACACCAAGUGGAGAAUGGGACAUCAUAGAGCUGCCUGGAAGAAGAACCAUCUGCCCUUUGGAUCCUACCUAUGUUGAUGUAACAUAUGAUUUUAUUAUUAAGAGGAAACCUCUAUUCUAUACUAUCAACUUGAUUAUUCCUUGCAUUCUUAUUACAUCGUUAGCUAUAUUAGUGUUUUAUCUUCCGUCUGACUGUGGACAGAAAAUGACUUUGUGUAUAUCUGUCCUCCUUGCUUUGACUGUGUUCUUACUCUUGAUCUCCAAAAUUGUUCCACCAACCUCAUUGGAUGUUCCACUUAUUGGGAAAUAUCUUAUGUUUACUAUGGUGUUGGUAACAUUUUCUAUUGUUACUAGUGUUUGCGUUCUUAAUGUUCACCAUAGGUCUCCAAGCACACACACCAUGCCGUCAUGGGUAAAAAACUGCUUUAUUGAGAGACUUCCUGUCUUCCUCUUUAUGAAAAGACCAGAAAACCAUUCAGCCAGUCAAAAACUCCGCAACUACAGGAGGAACAUGCAAAUGGAAUCAUUCCAAAACUCCAACUACUCUGUAAACAUGACGACUGCAAGACCACGUGACCCUAUGGUCAACGAUCCAUCGGAGAAUCUCCGAAAUCAAGAAUCUCGAUACAGAUAUCCGAGAAGGUAUAAUCAGGAAGUUCAUGAAGCAAUGGAUGGUGUGAAGUUUAUAUCAGAACACAUGAAAAGUGAGGAUGAAGAACAAAGUAUAAUUGAGGACUGGAAAUAUGUUGCCAUGGUUGUGGACAGGCUGUUUCUGUGGAUAUUCAUUAUCGUGUGCAUAGUAGGCACUGUUGGACUUUUCAUGCAGCCAUUAAUUCAGAACCAUUCGCCAGCUGAUUACCACUGAAGGGCAGAGAGAAUGGCAGCAAUAUUUCUCCAACGUAUUGCGGAUGCUAAGCAUUAUGGACAUUUCAUUUUGUAUGAAAAGAUUUCUGGGGGAAGUAAUAAACAUUUGUUCACAUUUUUUUUUAAAA